ACCAUCUCAAAAGUGCUCCAACUCCUCUAAGGUGCAUGUCUCAGAGCUUUGCUGCACUCCCACCUUUUCCCAUCAAAGCAAAGUUGGAUCAGCAGAGACCUGCAAGGGAGAGGCUUUCUCCCUAUCCUCCAGGUGUAUUUGGGCUGAAUAUGAACAGUUUCAACACACUGAAAUGCAACAUUCAAGGUUUCUCUACCAGGAAGACCACCCACUACUAUACCAUUCCAUGUAAUGCCACAUCCUGGAACUAAACUGCACUUGGUCUUGAGCAAGGAUUUUAUCAGCAAUGGGAUUGCUGCUAUGACUGGUGGAAGCAGCGCCACACUUAAAAAAGAAGCAGGGGAGAAACAGCUCAUGACAACUCAGUUGACAAGUGCAAUUCCGAAGCUGUCUGAGCAUUUUCCAGCUCCACAGCCUCUGGUAAUACAGACUAGAGGCUCAACAUUUCCACUUGUUUCUAUGGAUAGUCAGAACGUUAAAGUGAAACAAGGUCUUUUCACUGAUGUGCUUGUCCAUGGUCAGCCUGUUCUACACUUGGAAGUUAGCAUCAUCUUCCAAGCAAGGCUUUCAGCUUCUAAUGGCAAACUAUUCAUCUCUUUGUCACAAAACAGCUUUGACAUUGUUCAAGCAUCUUCAUCUGUUGGCUCUACCAAUGCCCAGAAGCUCUAUGAGUACAUCAAUGGCCUUCACACAAACAGCCUUCUACCAGCUAUAAAUGGCAUGCUUUGCAAAGGAAUUGCAUUGCCUUCUGUUCUAAAUAUCACAUGGACAAAACUCAACAUUGCCCUUUCUGAGGGUGGCCUGGUGAUUUCAAUGUGAUCAAUCCAAUGAAGCUGCAUCAUCAACAGCAUCCAGUAAUCAGAGAACAUUAAAAGAGAUCAUAAUUCAUGAUAUUAAUUAGAUUAUAACUUUUAAUAUAUUGUCAUUUUUCAGCUUCUAAUCUUUAGAAAGUUAAGGCUCUUAAUGCAGACUGUUGUCACUGCAUUUUUUGUAUACCUUGAUACAUUGCUCACAUGAUUCCCAAACAUGGAAAAACUGAGAACUUCACCUCUUGGUGGGAGAGACAUCUUUAAAGUGACUAGUUAUUUGCAUGAAAUGAUUAUCUUGUCAUUGAGGUUUUGCAUAGAGAGAAAACAAUUCAAGUAGACAAUGUACAAAAGUUCACACCAGACUGAAUACUGAAAGUUACCCAGUCAAAUUUAAAUUAGUGGUCUGAAUGUUGCUGGAGUGGAUCUAUCUAUGGGUGGCUGUGAUUUGGCCAUAUUAGCUGGUUUGUGGCAACAUGAAACCUUUAGGUUGAAAAACUCCAAAUGAUUGUCAGAUGCAACAUGAGUUCACUCAGUCUCUUUGUUCCUGUUUGAUCAUGGAAGCUUUCAUAUUCAUACAUUACCCCUCUUUCUAUACAGUAUGUGCAUCUAUAUGUAUAAAUUUGCAUAUGAAAUGCUAUCUUCAUUUUGAACUUUGGUGAUGAUGAUUAUUGAUAAUGAUCCAGUAGCCCCUUUAAUUAUAAGUCUAAAAGCCAAA